GAGUUUCACAAUAUGGAAUUAAGCCAUCGUGUCCCGUUUUUACCCAAGGUUUCUGAAGUUUAUAGUCGAAAUACAAAUGGUGAUAAGUCAUUCGUGAAACGCAAUAUUGUAAAUAGGCAGUCAAAACUUCAGUGGAUUUUACUAUCCAUUAUUGUAGUUGCUUUCUCAACAUUAUUACUAAUUAGUGUGUAUUAUUUCUUUUUCCGUUCAUUUUCUUUUGGGAACAUGAGUUUGGACAUUGAUAUGUUGGAAGUGAAAAAAUGUCCUGGAUGUGCUGGACAGUCUAUUUGUCCACAUUUUUAUCGUGGAGAAAUUCGAUUGACUAGUAGUCAAACUAAUAUUUUUCAGUCUACUAAAAAUGGAUUAUCCUUUCCUGUUGUUGGAUACAAAGCUACUAUGGGUCUUUACGAAAAUACUAGAUAUGUUCUUCUUCGCCGUCUUGGAAGUCCAGCCACGCCAUAUGCCGUUGAUGAAGCUGUUUGUCGACGAGGUUUGAGACAAGGUUCUCAUAUGUUCUCACAGUCUCUUCUAGCUAAUCUUUCUUGUAUACCACAUCUUUCGAUUUGGCGCUGGCGCCCAACAAAUGCUGAUAAUCAUGAUCCAUUUAGUAACUCAGUAGAAUCUCCGCUUGGUAGAGAAGUUCUGGCAGCUCCAAUUCCUUCAGUAAAUCAAAAAAGUGUGGAAGAUAAAAGUGCUGUAAAGUCAAGUUUUGCUCCAGCCACACGGUGUUCUAGCGAUCGUUUGUUUGAACAUCUUCAAAAGAGAUUUUUAGAACGAACAAGCUUUGGAGCCGAAACUCGUUGGUUACGUUUUGAUGAAUUGAUGUUCCUUUUUAAUUUGGCAAUCGAUCCUCAAAGUGUAAUCAUACAAUCGUUUCCACGCAAAGAAAAUUGGCCGUUUCCAAGUUAUUUAGGCUCUUGUGGACGUUGGUCUGUUGAAGAAUACCAUGGUGUACCAUUGAGCUAUUUCUGUUUGGCUCCUUUAUGGAUAAGAUUACAAAUUUUGUUAAAUAUUCUCAGUCUACCAGAAAAAUUAGAGCAUCAGUCUGUUGAUGAAAUGAAUCAUGGUAGUUUUAUUUAUGAUAUGCAUAAACAUAAUUCAUCUGAUGGUUAUACAAUAUACCUUGGAGAUUUUGAUUUAAACUCAUUAUUUCUAGUAGAUCCUACAACAUAUGAUGUAACCAUUUCAAAUUUAAGACAUGCAAUUAUUGUUGACACAAAAACAUUAAUUAACUUUCAUUUUAACUCGACCAUUGAAAAAGAACAUACUGUACCAACUAAUGCUUUAAUGAAAGUACUCAAUGGUUUACAAUUACAUAAUUGUUUCGGUAAUAUAUCUACCUCAGGUGAUACAAAUGGUGAUAUACCACCAUGUUUACAUAAUAAUCAUGUUAAUGAUUUAUGCUCAUAUCAAAAAUCGGAUCAUAAUAUCUGGGUUAUAUGUACUAGUUUAUUAUAUGGUAUUAAUAAUAAAGAUAAUAAUCAUUGUAAUAAUUUUCUUUAUCAAAUACCAAAUGAAUUAUAUACACUUAUUGAACGUUGUGUACAUGAAUCAGGAAUUGGUGUAAGACGUCAAUUAAUUGAUAAAGCUCGUCAUUUAAUCAAACAAAAUAUUUGAAAUGUUAACUACUUAUCUCUUUUUUGAUUAAUUUAAUUUAUAUAAAAUUAAGUCAUUCACUGUAUAUGUGUGCGUGUGUGUGUGUGUUUGACUGUUUUUUUUACUCAUUUAUUUAGUUACUAGGUGGUAGACGAGUUGUUUAGUGCAUUUUUUUUUAUUAAAAAAAGAACGUAACUAAUUGUUUUUGCAUUUUAAACUAAAUGGCCUAUUUUAAUGUUUUUUUCUUCUUAUCAUAUUUACGAUUAGUUUGUUUAAUCUCUGUUUUUUUUUCUGGCUGUGAUAAUCAGUUUAAUCAUUCCUCCCCCCUUUUUUUUACACAAUUCUUAAAGUUUUUAUAAAAUG